AUGGACGCCCGACCGAAGCCCCAAGCAUUUUUGUCCACCUAUGCGCCGCGAAUCCGAAGCUACAACAAUUCUCUCUUGACACCCGUCCUCGCCAGCGCUCCGACCGGUCCCACCUCCCGAGUGACGAAGCGUGGCACAACCAUCAUCAACUAUGCGGAAGACGGCUAUGACGAAAUUGACGAUGACGACGACAAUGGCCGCCGUCGACCCACUGGUCUGCGAAGCUUGAGAAGAGUAGAUGAUCAGGCGGCCAACCAGGAUCUACUAGAUAAGGCUGGAAAGGACACGGACGAACCUGUCGAAGUACAGGGCAUUUGGAGAGAUUGGUUUGGCAAGGGACGUCAAGUGCGGAAUGACCAGCAGAAUUCGGCGCAAGCAGACCUCCCGUUGACUCUGAUCCCCAUCCGAAUCGAACUCGACAUACCGGCCUUUGUGCCCCAGGUCGCCUUCCCCUCGGCGCCUCACAGCGUCGACACCACACUCCCACAAUACCGAGCACAAGAACUUACGCCGCCCUACCGGCUCCGCGACACGUUCCUCUGGAACCUGCAUGAGACGGUCAUCACAACUGAGCAAUUUGCGCAAACAUACGUCCAGGACCUGGACUUGCCGAACCGUCACAACAUGAUGCUUGAUAUUGCCAAACAGAUCCGGACGCAGCUUGAAGAGUAUGCCGGCGUUGCCCUGCAUCCCUUGUUCCACGCGCAGUCGCAGAACUCUGGAAUCAACGACGCAACCAAGUCCAGCUCGAUCAUUAACCACGACGAGACGCCCACUCCCGCCGCAGCAUUCAGCCGCCCCGAUACCCCAAUGCAGAACGGCGGCAUCGGAACGCCAUCCCGGGCCAAGGACGUGACAUCAGCACCAGAAGUAACCGCUCACGCAAGCCCUGUCCCUAUUGAUUCCGACGAGUAUGACCAUGAUGACGCCUACCGAUGCAUCGUUACCCUGAAUAUCAACCUCCAGUCAGCGCUGUACACCGAUAAGUUUGAGUGGUCUCUGCUGCAUCCCCCGGGCAUGCCCGAGGCCUUUGCCAGUCAAACUUGCCAAGACCUCGGAUUGACGGGCGAAUGGGUUCCCGCCGUCACACACGCCAUUUAUGAAGCAGUACUACGCCUUAAGAAGGAAGCCUGCGAAGCGGGUGGAUUGGUGAUGGGCUGGAACGGAGUACGCGAGUUCCCCAACGAUGCCACGGCUGGAGCCGACGCCGGAUGGCGAUACGACCCAGAAAACCUGGCCGAUCCUUGGGAGCCCAAGGUUGAGAUCCUUAGCAAGGAGGAGAUGGAGAAACGGGAAGGCGACAGAGAGCGGCAAAUUCGCAGACUCCGCCGCGAGACUGCUCGCUUCAGCUCGACCACUGGCUUGGUAGGCGGCGUGCCAUUCUCCGGGUUUGGCAACGUGGUGGAGGCUCCGGAAGAGGAGCGCAUGGGCAGAGGCGAGCGGUCCAAGAAGAAGCGUCGCUUCCGCAGCUUGAGCCCGAUAGGCCGAUCUGGAACCCCUGGCGGACGCGGAACGCCAGACGUGGGAUCCGGAUACGGUGCAGGAAGCGGCUUGACGGACCAGGAGCGCUUAUCGUGGAGAUGUUGGCACUGCUGUCUCUGGGGCUCAAGUGUGUGGGCGGUGCGACCUGGACCUGCAGGACCCCGGUCUCUUUGCCAAAAUUGUGGAUUGCUGUAUGAGCGUGACGGCAAGCUGCCUCGCCAAACUAAGAAUAUGCACCUCACGGUAAUCCGAACAGCGUAA